AUGAGCUCCGCUGAGCGGCGGCACGAAUAUAGGGAAAGGCCUGGAUGGGACCUCGUCGUGCCGUCGACCAGCGCUUUGCCGAGCAUCUCACCCCCCGAGUCCUUCAACCGCAGCGUCAACAACGUCCUGCCGUUGGGCACCUCGGUCGGCCUCUCUGAGGCGCGCCCUGCCCGCCUCCAAACCAACAAGUUCUACUCCAACUUCCUGAUUGACGGGCCUUCCAAGGCAGCGUGGACGCUCCCUUACCUUGUGACUGUGAACAGCGAGUACCCGUUCGGCAUGUACGUCAGCCACCCUCGGUACUUCCCGGGGCAGUUCGCGGAUGACGGGCGCCUCAAGUGGUACGCGACGUCCUCGAACAAGGACCUAAUUAUGACCGCCCAGGAACUAAACGCUAACCACGUCGCGGUGAUCUCCGCCUUCGACCCCUCGGGACUGUCGGCCGAUAUAACCUUCACCUCCGAAGACCAGGAGAACAACACCGGCGGCAGCAUGACCACCUUUCUCGUGAGGGGCAUGGCGUAUGCGACCGUGGUGUACGAAGACUUCUCCCCGGAGAUAUCGAGCAUCCAUGCCAUGCUCAGGGUCAACGGAAGGGGAAUAAACGACGGUAACGGCAACCAUACCUCUCCGGACGGCCGCUUCGAGUUGGAGCUGAACGACGGCAGCUUGUGGAUCCUGUACUCCAGCGACCCCGCCGUUGAGUUCCACUACGUUAGCGCACAGCCCAACGAGCCCAACAAGCUCCAGUUGAACACGACGAUGAAGGGGACCCUGCGGGCGACGCUGGUGCCCUACGACACCGAGCACGCUUUGCACGAGGCCGCCGUUUCCGCUCUCGACCAGCACUCUGGCUCGUACCCCAUCAGCGGCGAGAUCUGGGGGUGGGUGAACGAGACCGACAGCAACCGAGGCUGCUACAGCCUGUCUUGGAUCACCGGCGGGAACGCGUCCGUGGAACUCCUUCACUACGCGCUGCCCCACCACCAGGAUCUGUUGGCGGACGACGUCAAGACCGGUCUGUUCAUGAGCAGCCCCACGAAGGGCGACAUGCAGCUGAUCUUGGGGUCCGAAUGGGAGCUCCACGAGAACGACCUCCCGGAUUUCGAGUGGGCGCCUCCCGCCUCCUCCAUCACCAGCGACGCCGAAAUGGGGUGGAUCGAGCACCACCUCGAGGAAGAGAUCGAGAAGCCGCUCAACCUUGCCGCCGUUGCCGGCUCUAGCGUGUACUUUGGCGCCAAGAAUCUCAUGGCCUACGCACAGAUGUGCCUCAUCGCGGAAGAGAUCGGCAGGGACGACCUGCUUCCAAUGUGUGUCGACCAGGUGGAGAUUGGCCUUGACUCGUACCUCGAAGGCACGAACGGCAACCCCCUCACCUAUGACACGGCGUGGGGCGGAAUCAUCGGGGCCCUCGGGCUGGAAGAGGGGAACGAGAGCGCCGACUUCUACGCGGCUUUUUACAACGACCACCACUUCCACUACUCCUAUCUCCUGCACGCCGCGGCCGCCCUCGCCCAUCUGCGUCCCGAGUGGGCCGACUCCGACAACAAGAACUGGGUGGACUCUCUCGUCCGCGACGUCAACAGCCCCAACAAGGAGGAUGAAUAUUUCCCCCAGUUCCGUUCCUUCGACUGGUUCAGCGGCCACAGCUGGGCGAGGGGCUUGCUCUUCUCGUACGACGGAAAGGACCAGGAGUCGACGUCCGAAGACGCCAACUUCUUCUAUGCCAUGACCCUUUGGGCGAUCGCCACGGGCAACUCCAAGCUCAGAGGCCUCGGCCGGCUGCAGACUGGCGUUGUGGCCCGAUCGAUCGACUCGUACUUCUUGCUCAAGGACAGCAACAACAACCACCCCGUUGACUUCGUUCGCAACAAGGUUACCGGAAUUUUCUUCGAGGGCAAGAUCGACUACACCACGUGGUUUGGAGACAACGUCGAGUAUAUCCAUGGAAUACAGAACAUUCCUGUGACGGCCGUUACUGGAUACGUGCGCUCGGCGGAGUUCGUUCGCGAAGAGUGGGACCAGAGGCUGUUCGACGUCGCCCCCGUCGCGGACGGGGUGUGGGCCACGGUUCUGUACAUGAGCUACGCCACCGUUCAGAAGCACAUUGCCUUCAACGAGAUGCUCACGAGCGGGGUAGACGACGGUCUCCGGAGAUCCUGGGCUCUCUACUGGGCGGCCACGCGGCCCGACUGCGCCUUGUACUGCAACCACGACGAGAUCGUGAUCCCAGAGGCCCCCACACCGACUCCCGCACCCACGGUGCCGUCUGGUCCUUACAUGGGGACCUCCGCCGUCAUUCCCGGCAAGAUCGAGGCGGAGGCGUUCGACUCCGGGGGAGAGGGAGUGGGGUACCACGACACCACGGCCGGCAACAGCGGAGGGGCGUUGCGGCGGACCGAGGACGUGGACGUGAAGGCCGGCGGGGCCGGAGGGUACUACGUCGGCUGGGUCGCCGAGUCUGAGUACCUGAUCUACACGGUGGAGGUCACGGAAGACGUGGACGAGUUCGACUUCGAGUUCGUGGUGGCCGCCCCGAGCGACCUCGGAGGCCAGAUGCAGGUGGUGAGCGGCGGCACCGGCUGUUCGGACUACGUGACCGAUUUGAGCGGGGUUGUCGAGGUGGCUUCCACGGGAAGCUGGGCCACGUUCGAGACCAAGUCAUUGUCGGCCGGGGGAUCGGGUGGGCUAGAGGCCGGCUCGCACAUCAUCUGGAUCUGCAUAAUCGCCCCGGGUUUCAACAUCGACUCUUUCACUAUGACGGCGCACGUGACCAAGGGCCCUACCCCGGCCCCCACCGCAGCCGAGUUGCAAGGUGGAGCGUACCUCGACAACCCCGCCGUCAUCCCUGGCAAGAUCGAAGCCGAGGAGUUCGACGAAGGUGGACAAGGGGCCGCCUACUACGACGUUGAUGCGGGAAACAACGGGGGGGCUUUCCGCACCACGGAGGACGUCGACAUCAAGGCCACAACGGCGGGGGGACACUACGUCGGCUGGACCAGGGCGGGGGAAUUCACGCGCUAUACCGUCGAUGUUCGCACCGCAGCGGACGCGUUCGACUUCGAGUUCGUGGUGGCCUCCCCCACAGGCUUCAGUGGAUCCCUCCAGGUUGUGAGUGGCGGCACGGGCUGUUCAGACUACGAGACCGAUCUCAGCGGGGUAAUCGAUAUCAUGCCCACUGGAGACUGGACCACCUUCGCCACCAUCACUUCGUCGGGCGGAGGAUCAGGCGGCCUUGGCGAAGGCCCCAACAUCAUCUGGCUGUGCACGAUAUCUUCCGGCUUCAACAUUGACUCCUUCACCAUGACAACCGUUGCAGCAUAA